AUGCAAAAACAACCUGAAACAGAACCAAUUCAUCAUGUUCAGUGGUUCUAUUUAUCCAAUUUUGACCUUUACGAUGAAACUUCCUCCAUGGAAACGCCUGAGCCGCAGCGCUGGCGUAAAUUUUUGAAUCAUGACAAUUGCGCGUUGGAAGCAAAAGAUGAAGAAAUUAACACUGCGAGCAUUCAGCAAGAACCUAAUCAAAAAAAUAUAAUUGUGGGAGUAUCGGCUUUACAUGUUGUGAAUUUACCAACGCUGACACUGAAACCCUUGUACUGGCCUAGUAGCCGAAGAAAUGAUACUCUUCGUGUUGUCCGUGGGUUGUGGAUGUAUGAGGAUACUGGGUUGCCAGUGAUCGACGAAUUGGCAGAAAUUUUGGAAGAAGGGUAUCAGCGGAUCAAGCCAUAUAAGAUAAAUUGGGACAAACUAGAAAGUGAUUUGGAAGAUGAAAAUCAAGAGAGAUCAAGUAUUUUCUCUUCUGGAAGACGGAAGCCUUCCAAGGAUGCGAUAAGCCAUAUGCGAUGGCCAUUGAAACCUCCGUCUUCUGGAAAAUAUGUCUUAUAUGAAGAUGGAUAUCGAGCACUCUUAUGCCAAGGAGGGUUGCUUUCUUAUUUUUCGAAAGGAACACAAUCGCAGCGCACCGGUUUGAAAGGAAUUCCGGUAAUUCGAGACUUUCCUAUGAAAGAAGAUGAUGGUUUUCGCGGUUUAAAGCAGGUAACUGAUCUCUUUUUGGUUGUUCACGGAAUUGGUCAGAAAAGAUCUGAAACUGAGGAACGCUAUCAAUUUACCAAAACAUGUAAUAUUUUCCGAUCAUUGAUUCAAAAACAAAAAUUAAUUAUGAAACAAAAUCCUUUAUUAAGAGACGAUUAUGAACCUCAAUUGUUGCCCAUCUGCUGGAGGAACAAGCUUAAUUUUGAUUCGUUUUUUCAGGUUACUGAGGAUGAUGAAAACAGCGACGACGUCGAUGGGAAUAGGUUUCACAUCGAAGAUAUUGAAAUUGACAGUAUACCAACCGUUCGCCGCCUUUUUGGGGAUGUAAUGAGUGAUAUACCUUAUUAUAUGUCUCAUCAUAAAGAAUCUAUCAUUCGCUCUGUCAUUCAAGAAGCAAAUCGAGUCUAUAGUUUAUGGAUAGACUGCAAUCCUUAUUUCAAAGAAAACAAAGGAAGAAUUUUUAUCAUUGGUCAUUCUCUAGGUGCUACCGUCGUGUUUGACAUUUUAUCACUUCAACCUACGUUUGUAAAAGAGCUGAGUCCCGAAGUAGAAGACGAUAAGUUUUUCAAGUUUGACACAAAUGGAUUUUUCUGCUUUGGGGGACCUAUAGGGUUUUUUCUUUUACUGAAUCAAAAAAGCAUAAUCCCUAGGAAAGGACGGGGAUCUAGCCAUUCUGCUGAUAAUGCAAAAUUUACAAGUAAGAAUGUUCCAAAUUCUUAUGCAUAUGCUGGCAAUGAUCGUUAUGGGUGUUUAGCAGUGGAUACUUUUUACAACGUUUUCAACUUUCUCGAUCCUAUAGCCAUGCGCUUGAAUCCUACAGUGGACGUCAAUUAUUCGAAAGGUAUCCUUCCAACUAGACUCAUGUAUUCUCGAAAACCGUCAAGCAUUUUAAGAGUUGUUUCUCGGCCCAAUGACGCACCCAUUCGGCUGGUUAGUUAUCAACAAGCACUAAAUCAAUUGAAAUCUGACGAAAAUGAAAGUUCAUCUGUACUAAUGGAUGCUGAACAAGAUGUUGAACUUCAAACUCGAAAUUUCAAGCAUGAAGAGCGAGCAAAAUGGAGGAUGCAAGAGUUAAACGAGAAUGGCCAAAUCGAUUAUGUCUUUACGAGUCAAAAAGGUAUUAUUUCAAACAAAUAUUUGACGAUGUUAUCCGCCCAUACCAGUUACUGGAAUAAUGAAGACUUGGUCUGUUUUUUGGUUGUUGAAACAGCCCGAAAUUUUGGAAUUGCUAAUUCCGUAGAACAAUUCCGAGGAAAGCGUAUACUUCAAAAUAAUACUUCCUUACAAUAA